AAUCGUUAGGAUGCAAACAUGUCUGUACUGCAGUUAAUUGUUUGUAAAUCAUUUCGAUCACCAGUGUUGUGCUGGAGUGUAAAUUGAAGUGUGAAUAAUUUGUAGCGGUCUGUGUUUAGUAACGUUAGAAAGUGAGCUAUUUAAAAGCACGCUGUUCUUUUUGCAACUAAAAGGGAAAAUCCUGGACCAUCACAGCUCAGAUCGAGAAACACAGAGUGAAAAAAGCUGAAUUGCCAUGGCUAAUGAUCGGAGUAGAGAGCCAGCUGGCCUGGAUGGACUACCAGAGCUAUACAGCAUUCUACAAGGAGAGGUGGCUUCUGUAACUGAAUAUGGAGCUUUUGUUAAGAUCCCAGGAUACAGGAAACAUGGUCUAGUUCAUAAGAAUGACAUGUCUGCCUCUCGGGUUGAUAAGCCCGCUGAAAUGGUUGAUGUUGGGGAGAAGGUUUGGAUUAAAGUCAUUGGCAGAGAGAUUACUGAUGAUAAAGUCAAACUUGCUUUUUCCAUGAAGUCUGUCAAUCAAGGGACAGGGCGAGACCUAGAUCCCAACAAUGUGAUGGCUGAGCAAGAUGCUCGCAGACGAAGGCAUUUCCGGGAUCACACAAAUCAGAAAAUCACAUUAGAGGCUGUGCUUAACACUACCUGCAAAAAGUGUGGGUGUACAGGUCACUUUGCCAAGGACUGUUUCUCACAGCCAGGGCUUCAGUACAGUUUAGUGCCAGAAGAGGAGGAACAACAAACCUCUGAGACAGUCCAAUCAGAGCCUCAGAAACAAAAGAAGGACAAGAAGGCCAAAAAGGAGAAGAAAAAGAAAACACGAAAGAGGGAGAGAUUAUCUUCCGACAGCGAAGAUGCUAAAAAAGCAAGACACUCCCAUUCACAUUCCAAAAAGAAAAAGCACAAGAAACACAAAACACACAAGUGAAUAUUGUGAACACUGGCUUAUGGACUUUGUAUUUCUGUCUGUUAAGUUUGUUUUAUUAGUCGUUGUAUUCAGUUUUCUAAAAGCUAAGAAUAAAUGUCAUUUUUGAAGAGUGUAACUAACGUAUGAAUGUCAGUGCAGAGAGGUCAGAUUCUAGAGGUGAACAGUGAAAAAGGUUAUUCCUCCAUGACCCCCUUACCCACUAAGACACAGGACAGUCAGUCACAAGCUUAAAUUAGAACACACAUGACAUGGCUAUGAGAACAUGCUUAAAUUAGAUAUACAGGACAGUCCCAACAAAGAUGCAGCAUUUUGGUAUACUCACAGCUUUGGAAACGUUGCUGGAAACACUGACUGGUAUAAAUAGGCUGAGUAUAGGCACACCACAUGACUUUUGUGGCCCACUUUUUAAGGUUAGGAAUCUACAUGACACAAUAGACACAUGUUGCAUUCACAUGGACCAAAGAACAUUGCUUUUAGAAAAGAACGAGAUGUACAAUAACUUGUUUUGGGGGUGUAAAGCUGAUUUUUACUUUAUUUGGAUAUGGUACAAAGAAACAUGGACCGUUAAGCAUUAACCACAAGAUGGCUUUUUCAGCAGCAACAUAAUCAGGAUAGCAGGAAGAACUUCACUCUGCUUUCACAUAGUAUCGUUUGGACUCCACCUCGCCCAGAGUUAGUGUCUAUCAAAGAGAAUGCAAAAUGAUUUGAAUUAGCAAACAAUUAAGAACCCCCCCCCCCCCCCCUUUAUGCCCAGGGUCCUGAACCAAGUCUUAAACACAAGCGAUACUUACCAGUGUGAGAUUGUUGCCAUCAAUUUCUCUGACCAGUGUUGUUUCUUUGCCAUCCCAUUUCUGAACAUGAACCAGCUUACCCCCGUCAAGUGUUACUAGAGACUAAAACGGAAAGAAGAUGGGGGUUGGGGAGAAUUUUUUUUAUAAUACUGUAAAGAGGGCACUUUGGUGGCACAACAGUAAAAACCAGUGCUGACAUUUCAAACCUACAAGUUUAAGUCUCAGCACUGCUAUCAGCCAGCCGGGCACUAAUACGGACAAUAAUUGGCUUGUCCGGUGGAGGGGGGAGCCAAAGGGAUUUUUCACAACUCCUACAAAUAAAGCCUCUGCUGGCUGAUUGAUGGCACCUGCACAGAGAUGGUAUAACAGAAAUUGGCAUGUGACUACGUGCACAAUACAGAUCCCGAUGAAUCUGCCUCGAGCAGAAGAAAAGAAGCAAUCAACUACCGAGUGUGUGCCAAAGGGGGUGCGUGUUAGUUAUGGCCCUCCUUGGUCAGGAGGUCUGCAACAGGUGAAAUACAAUCAAGUAACUUGACAUGACUAGAUCGGAAGGGAAAAUUUGAAAAAAUGCGUAAAUAAAAAUACAGAAAUAUAGAAAUAAUUAUGUAGACAACAUUGAAUUUUGUAAAGGUAUGCUACUGAAUGCACUUAAACAAGCCAAAUUUUACAUGUACAUUUACCUGUGUUUUACCUAGUAGUUUAGCAUCAUGUGAAGUUAAAACUGACUUUAUUAAGUAUAUAUCUGCACAGUAACAUUACAGAUUAAUAUUACAGAAAAACAUCUAGAAUAAUAACACUGCACUGGAUAAUACAAAUACAGUCCACAGCAAGUAGGCUGAAGCUUACAGAUGGAGAAGUGAUGCACUCCAAUCUGCUGUGUUACAAUGCAAACAAGCACCGCUUUCUGGCUGUGUCUAAUUUUAAUUCCUUCAGACACAGUACAUGGUCCAUGCAGAUAAUGCAUCAUCGCCAUGUAAAACUAAUAAAAUGUACAUUUUAAUUUCCUAUGAAUUAUAGUGCUUUGUGGUCUGGUAAGUGAGGCAUUUCAUUUAAAUAAACUGUUUAAUCCUGA